UUAAUUUCUAGAGAAAAUAUGGUGGUUGGUAAUUUGUUUUUGUUAUGGAGCAGGCAGAACGCCAUAUAACUGGGAGAGAUUGUAAUUAUGGCGUCUAUUAUUUGCUAGCAUUAAACCUCUUCGAAAAGGCAAUACUAGUUAUGCCCAAUAUGGAGACUGAGAAUUCUAAUAUUUCAAGAGCAGAAGAACUCAAAGUCCUUGCUAAUGAAGCCUUCAAAGCCCACAAGUAUGGCCAAGCAAUUGAUUUAUAUACGCAAGCAAUUGAAUUGAACACUGAAAAUGCUGUGUACUGGGCCAACCGUGCAUUUGCCCACACUAAGCUGGAGGAGUAUGGUAGUGCCAUACAGGAUGCUUCAAAGGCUGUUGAAAUUGAUCCAAAAUAUUCAAAGGGUUAUUAUAGGCGAGGUGCUGCUUAUCUUGCCAUGGGGAAAUUUAAAGAAGCACUUAAAGAUUUCCAGCAGGUCAAGAAACUCUGUCCCAAUGAUCCUGAUGCUGCCAGGAAAGUAAAAGAAUGUGAAAAAGCAGUAAAGAAACUAAAAUUUGAAGAAGCAAUUGCUGUACCUGAGUCUGAAAGGCAAUCAAUCGCUGACUCCAUCGACUUUCAUUCUAUAGGGAUGAGCCCCAGUUCAUCAUCUGUGCCCAUCCAAGCAGUCAUAGUGGCAGUUACAGCAGCAAUUGUGGCGGUGGUGGUGAUAGUGGGGCCAGCAAUAGCCACAACAAUUACUGGAAUAGUGGUGGCAGUGCUGAUGGUCCUAGGGGUUUAUUGGUGGGGUGGCUGCGGUGGUAGUGGUGUCUUUACAAAGGGUCGAAAACUUGAACUAGAGGUGGAGCCACAGUACUCUGGGGCAAGGAUACAGGGAGAUGUUAUUACUUUGGAUUUUGUAAUGAAAAUGGUUGAUGACUUCAAGAAACAGAAGUGCUUACACAAACGGUAUGCAUUCCAGAUUGUCUUACAAACAAGGGAAAUGUUGCGGGCUCUGCCUUCUCUUGUUGAUAUAAAUAUUCCUGAUGACAAUCAUUUUACUGUGUGUGGUGAUAUACAUGGUCAGUUCUAUGAUCUGUUAAACAUUUUUGAGCUUAAUGGGCUUCCCUCAGAAGAGAAUCCAUAUCUGUUUAAUGGUGACUUUGUGGAUAGGGGAUCGUUUUCUUUGGAGGUCAUCCUCACAUUAUUUGCCUUUAAGUGCAUGUCUCCAUCAGCUAUAUAUCUUGCUAGAGGAAAUCAUGAGAGCAAGAGCAUGAACAAGAUAUAUGGCUUCGAGGGUGAGGUCCGAUCAAAGUUGAACGAAACAUUUGUGGAACUCUUUGCAGAAGUGUUCUGUUGUUUGCCUUUGGCUCAUGUGCUAAAUGAGAAGGUUUUUGUAGUCCAUGGAGGCCUUUUUAGUGUUGAUGGUGUUAAACUGUCUGAUAUUAGGGCAAUUGAUCGGUUCUUUGAGCCUCCUGAGGAAGGAUUGAUGUGUGAACUACUAUGGAGUGAUCCGCAACCUCUCCCUGGAAGAGGUCCUAGCAAACGAGGAGUGGGUCUUUCUUUUGGUGCUGAUGUGACAAAAAGAUUUCUGCAGGAUAAUAAUCUAGACUUAGUUGUGCGAUCUCAUGAAGUAAAGGACGAAGGUUAUGAGAUUGAGCAUGAUGGAAAACUUAUUACUGUAUUUUCUGCACCAAAUUACUGCGACCAGAUGGGUAACAAGGGUGCUUUUAUUCGUUUUGAAGCCCCUGAUUUGAAGCCAAAUAUAAUUACAUUCUCAGCUGUGCCUCACCCGGAUGUCAAGCCAAUGGCAUACGCGAACAAUUUUCUUAGAUUAUUCUCUUAAUACAUCUCCUUGCCGAAUGGGUUGGCUGUGUACGAAUUUGCCAUAGAUGGUUCUGCUGUUGAAGUGCAGGUUGAUUCUGGCAGCUGGAAAAGAUCCUUUACAGUUUACAUGUUGACAAAUGCAGCAGCUUUCUUUAGAUUAUUCUCAUCUUAAGUGACUUUUAUUUGUUUGUAACAAAUUUGAGGCAUUGACCAUUCUGAAAUUUUCUUUCUUGUCAAAAGCGAGGCUUUUCUAGAUGGAUCCAAAAUGGGGACCGAAGAGGCAAUGGGAGGUUAGAUUAGAUUAGACUUUAGAGUUUAGAGUCUUAUUAAAUGUACGAAUAUUUUUUAUGUGUCUUAUUUUCUGAGUGAAUUACUGAAUUACAUUUAUUUCUGCCCAUUUUGUGAUUUUAACUUUAUGAUUUAUUCUUUUAAUGAUAAUG